AUGAGUUUAUUACAUAAUGGUCGAUUUCUGUUGCAACAGUUUGUGGGUGAUCAUUACGUUCGAAUGGAAGCGAACAACUUACAGUACAUUAGAUGGCAUCAAGCUGAGCUUUUCGCCGAAUCGUAUCAGGGACUUGUGGAUCACAUCAACCAACAGCUCCAACUCGACGCACCCAUGGCGGGUGUCGGUCGUAGGAUGAUUUUGCCAUCGUCGUUCACAGGCGGUCCCCGUUUCAUGAAACAGUGUUAUCAUGACGCGAUGGGCAUUGUGUGUAAGUGUGGAAAGCCUAAUCUUUUUAUUACGUUUACGUGUAAUCCUACCUGGACGGAGAUCACACAGAACCUACCGAGAUGGGCCACGGCAAGCGACAGACCGGACGUGGUGUCCAGAGUGUUCAACGCGAAACUCAAGCAGCUGAUGCGCGACAUAACGGUGAACAAUAUAUUUGGUAAUGUCGAUGCAUAUGUUUAUACUAUAGAGUUUCAGAAACGAGGACUGCCGCACGCCCACAUACUGAUCAUUCUGAGUGAGGGUAGCAAGUUGCUAACCGCUGACGAUGUUGACAAUGUAGUGUGCACCUUUUUACCAGACCCGGUGAUUGAUCCGCGUCUAUUCGAUUGUGUGACGAGACACAUGAUCCACGGGCCGUGUGGCACGCUAAACCCAAACAGCCCAUGUAUGGUGGACAACAGUUGUUCGAAAAAGUUUCCAAAAGAAUUCAGCGAAGAGACUGUAUACAUUUCUGACGGAAUUUUUUUUGGUGUCCUGGCCUCACUUUUCAUAAAUUCGAGGUACGUUAGCCCACCAGAAGCCAUCUGGAGGUUGUUUGCGUAUAAACUACACGACAUCAGUCACGCGGUAGUUAGACUUCCGGUGCACCUAGAAAACUACCACAACGUGUACUUUGCGCGUGGACAAGAACUACAGGGGGUACAAAACCACGCCCUACCUCAAACAAAACUCACGGCGUUCUUCGCGCUCAACGAGAGAAACGUUGAUGCGCGACAGUAUCUGUACCACGAGAUACCGAUACAUUACACUUGGCAAGCAUCGUCAAAAGAGUGGAGACUGCGGCGUAGACAGGCACCUCGCGAGACGUUAGCUCGGAUGUACGUCGUCAACCCACUAGAUAGAGACCAUUUUCAUCUACGACUGCUACUCUUAAACAGAAGAGGCCCGCGGUCUUUCCGAGACUUGAAGACGGUAAACGUGGUCGUACAUGCCACAUACGCGGCCGCAGCUGUUGCGUUGGGAUUGUUGGAAGACGACGAAGCGUGGCGGGCGUGCGCUUGA